AUGGGCCUCAAGCAAGCAGCAGCAGUGUGGCACAAAAUAAUUGUUGAGGAGCUCACGUCGAUGGGUUCUGUGGCUUGUGUAUCUGAUCCGUGUACUUUGUUCACGAGUGAGGGCAUGUAUAUCCGAGAUGAUGAGACGGUGUUUGGCCCGAUACUCUAUACUAACGCGAAUCAGCGGGAUGAUGUGGAGACGCGGGAGUCAACUUGGUGGCGCGACAAACGUACUGUUGCUCUCUUCUCAGCAGAGGCUGAGUAUAUAGCUCUAAUAUUGGCUGCUCAAGAAUUACUGUGGUCCGACACCUCCUUCAAGAAGUAUCUCUCUCCUACUGCUAUGCACGUCGAUAACCAGGCAGCCAUCGCUAUGGCAUUGUCCAUCUCGCGCGACAUAUAUUGA